UUGUUGUUUAUCUUUCAAUUCCAAGUACUGUACAAGCAAUGCAGUAGUAGCAGAGCAUGGAGCCGUGGAGGACGAGCCACAAGUUCCACAACACUCUCAAUUUCAAGUAGACUUCCAAAAAAUCUUCUUUUCAUAAUAAUAUUAUGUGUAUUGUAGUAGCAGUAUUUGUGGGGAGAAGGAAUAUGUUGGGAUUCCGAAAUUACCAUAAAUAUUUCAAAUAGUUGACCUUGAUUUCCUCUUCAAUAUCUGCUCCGUCUAAAUAUUUACCAUCCUGUGGAUUCAGUUCUACGUGUGGCCAUGGCACGUCAAUUCAGAGUGGAGAAAGCGCCGUCUGACGCCCUGUCACUGACGAAUCGUGCUAUUUUCCACCCCAAAGAUGUUAAAGAGCGUGAUCAGUAUUUCCUGGUAACGAGCUCUGCUGGCGACUUUGUUCUGACCCCGCAGACGUCCUCUGACGUAAGUCCAGGGUGUGUAGCACUCGGUCUAUAUCAGCGUAAAUGGGUGAGUGCUGCCCAAGGCGACACGGUUACAGUGAGGUCCUACCAGUUCACAGACGCUACAUGCUAUUUAGAGGUGCUGACGGUACGCGUGGAUCAUGUAGCCCGGACUGCGCAGCGCUCCGGCAAGCAGCUGAACUCUGACCGGAUGACGGCGGAGGUAAGCUCUACGUAUGCCAGCGUUGCUGUAUCUGUUGGACAGCAGCUGCUCUACCGGGCGCAGGACCACCCGAGGCCGCUGUACCUCACCGUUCUCUCCCUCCAGGCUGCCGACCCAUCAGUGCUGACAAAGACCAAGGCAAGCCCCAGUAAGCGAAGCGAUAUAUCAUGCGGUAUAAUCCUGCCCGACACCAACAUACUAUUCGAGGGUGGUGAAGGUGUGACAGUGACUGGUAAACACAUUGCUGGCGCCGCAGUCCAGGGCAGCGUUAUCAGCACCAGCCUGGACUUUGUCAAGAUGGGCAUUGGCGGACUGGACCUGGAAGCAGCCACGCUCUUCCGCCGUGCUUUUGCCUCGCGAGUCUUUCCACCGCAGGUCAUUGAACGACUUGGUGUCAAACAUAUCAAGGGAAUCCUUCUCUAUGGACCGCCAGGAUGCGGAAAGACACUGAUGGCCCGACAAAUUGGCAAGAUGCUCAACGCCAGAGAACCAAAAAUUGUUAAUGGACCUGAGAUCCUCAACAAGUAUGUUGGUGAAUCAGAGGCGAACAUCCGGCGGCUAUUUGCUGAUGCUGAGGAAGAGCAGAAACGUGCCGGUGCGAACAGUGGCCUUCACAUGAUAAUUUUUGAUGAAAUGGACGCCAUCUGCAAGAGGAGAGGUGGCGGCUCUGACAAUACCGGCGUCCACGAUAACGUCGUCACACAGCUCCUGUCCAAGAUGGACGGUGUCAACGAGCUGGACAACAUCCUCGUGAUCGGCAUGACCAACCGCAAGGAUCUCAUCGACCAAGCUCUGCUGCGCCCGGGUAGAUUCGAGGUGCAGAUGGAGAUUGGCCUGCCGAACCGUGACGGGCGCGAGCAGAUUCUCACUAUUCACACUCGUAAGCUCCGCGAUGGUGGAAUGCUUAGUGAUGAUGUUAAUCUCGAGAGCUUCGCCAACAAAACUAUAAACUUCAGCGGUGCCGAGCUGGAGGGCUUGGUGCGAGCAGCCACCGCAACAGCGAUGAAUCGUGUCAUCAAGAAAAGCUCAGACCAGGAGAGCGCUGUGUCGGUCAAUCCUGAAGAGGCGCUAAAGAUGAAAGUUGUCAGCCAGGACUUCCUGUAUGCCUUGGACAAUGAUAUAAAGGCUAUGUUCGGCGUCAACAUGGAACAAAUAAAAUACUAUCGGCAAUGUGGCAUCAUUAAUUGGGGUGCUCCUUUCAGUGAAGCAUACAGUAACUGCAAGCAAGUGAUUGGGAACAUGAUCAGUUCCAGCAGUGAUUCGCUGAUCGACAGUUUCAACUCUCUCUUACUGUUUGGUACCGAGGGAUCUGGUGCAUCGUCACUGGCUGUCGAUCUUGCUUUGGAUGCUGGAUUUACAUUCAUUAAGGUUUGCUCGACGCUGUUCAUCAGUGGCACGACCGAAGUGUCCAAGGUGAAUUCCAUACACGAGAUCUUUGAAGACGCGUACCGCGCUCACAAGAGUUGUGUAAUCAUCGACGGCAUUGAAAACUUGAUUGAGUAUUCACCUAUUGGUAGUCGCUACUCCAGCCACCUGUUGCAAGAAAUUCGUAUCCGUGCUGCUCACCCUCCGCCCAAGGGCCACAAGCUUCUGGUGAUUGGCACCACGUCGCAGAAGGCUCUCAUCGACCAGCUGAAGAUACGCUUCCGUGUGACGCAACCAGUGCCAACGCUCACCGCACCUGAGCACAUUGAGACUGUCCUAUCCGAGUUGUCUCUUAUGGCGCCGGAUGAGAUCAAAGAUGCUGUGGCUGGACUUGCUGCCUUUUCGUACAGCGUAGGCAUCAAGGAACUGAUUAAUGUGGCUGAUGAAGCCCGUGGUAAGCCUAGCUCACAGAGGCGCAUCGAGAAGUUUGUUGAGAUGCUAUGUAGAGACAGGUCCACUGGCGCAACGGAUGAGUUCUUGUACUGAUCGGAUUUCUCAGUGCAGGUAUGUGAAGUUGCCGUGUCUACAUGCGUACUGUGCGAUUUUGUGUUCGCUCAGGCGUGCGUGCGUGCGCGCGCGUGUGUGUGUGUACAUUGCGAAGGUCCUUCUUUUUGCAUGUUUUUGGAUAUGGUGUUUUCGGGUAUGUCGACCCACCAUAUCGCGAUCCUCCUGGAUCUGGUUCACACUAUUGAUAAAGUACUUUGCUGUUGUACGUACAUAAUCUGCUAUGUUUAUUUGUGUAAUUCUUGUAUUCAAAGGGAACGUUGGUUGUUUGUGGGUUUUUUUUAAAAUAUCUCAGUCAAUUUCUGAGAUUGACUCCUGAAAGUGUAUUUUGAACUCUAUUCUCUACCUCUUUGUACAUACCAGUAUCUUGGUACUUGUUGAUUAUUGCUGCGCCCUGCUUGUUUUCCUGCUGCUCAAAGCUUACUUUUAUUCAAUGCUGCCUUUGUAAGUUUUGUACUUUCCUUCCAAAAGUUCUAUUUGUAACCCAUCAUUGUUCAUUUGUAACCCAUUCAUUGUUCUAUUUUUUUUUUUGACAAAUGCUUCCUAGAGAAGAGCAUCCAGUCGCCUUUCACUAUUCUGAUUCUCACCUGUUGUUCGUUUUCUGUCGUCUAGGAUAGAUUGUGCGGAUCAUAGCUACUUCCCCUCCUCCUGCCCUUUCCAUCAUUUUUCUGCAUUUUCGCUUGUGAUAAGUGCCUCUCACUCUC